GAUCGAUCAAAACAACUAUGGCGGAAUGGCGGAUAAAAAGAGGCAACGUACAUUUUCCCAUUCUUUUUGGAUUUGUAUGAAUUGAGAAGAACAGAAGCUGUUUAAAAUAUGGCAGCCAAUGUGAGUUUUUUGUAAAUAUUAAAUUUAUAUUUUUAAGUUAGAAAAUAAUAAAUAUAAAUUGAUGACAUUAUCUUUUAGAAGAUCAUGUUAAAUAUCAUGAUUCAUGAAAAUGAAAUGAACAGUUAUUUAAUUCUAUUCUUCUCUCACUCUUGUUAUUAAAAAAAUAUAUAUUAGCCACUCAUAUAUAAGUAAAACUCUACUCCUUUAUCUUAUUCUUUAAAAAUGGUUCAAACUGAAAGAAUUGAAAACUAUUCAACAUUAUAUCCAAACAUUUACGCUGGAGUAUUUGAUAGCGGUCAGUGACCAUUUAUUAGUGAGCUUAAGCAAGUGACGUUUUUGACAACACGGACGUCGACCGGAAGUAAAGUUGACGUUUUUCACCAAUCACAGCCCUUGACCCAGUCUUCUGACGUUACUCAUGCCGUCCGUGUUGUCAAAAACGUCACUUGCUUAAGCUCACUAAUGUUGACACAUGCAAGACUGCACGUAUGAUAUGUGUGCGUUUUGGGAUUUUCGUUUAAAUUCGCCGUUUUUGAUUAAAAAAUUAUAAGGUAUUUACUUAAUUUCUUUUUAGGUAUUUACAAAUAGCCUUUUGGCUUAGCCGCUUAGGGGCCACGUCCAUAUUCAUGUUGCCCAGACUGCAGAGUACGUCCGUUUUCGCCGAGAUCUCGGGAGCGGAAAGCUGAAAAAUCUCGGGGCAGGGGCGCAAAGAUGUCCCAAGGGCGGACUCAGGGGCGACCUUUGGGCGGCUAGCUUCCCAAAGGGCAGUCAUUGCUGAAACAAGAAGAAAAUGGCUUAAUUUGUCUUGCAUCUUUUUUGUUUUCUUUGCAAGUCAACUCGGGUGCGACUGCGGCAUGGUAAAAUCACAUCAACAUCCAGUAACAUCAAGUAAUCAAAAUCAGCAUAAAAUACACAGCUGGCACUUACUAGAUUGCAGAAGACACGCUUCUUAAUUUAUGUGCAGACACGCGGGAAAUAAAUAAUAAGCCCCCGACAAUUUCUGACAUUUUAGAAUUUUUGUAACGAACCUGUAUUCACGGUGAGACUCACUGCCGUCACACAUAAAUAGUUGUAAAUAACUAGAUAAGUUAUAUUAUGAACACCAAUAUACCAUUACACCAUCAAGUUCUGUUAACUUCUGCCUUUUAAUAGGCAACCUUUGGCAUUGAAGACUAUAUUGAAGAACUGCAUGUGUUAAUAUCAAUAAUAUACGCAGGAAAAUAUACACGCUUUUUUAAGAUUCCCAGUUCAAGAAUGUUACCCAUAUCGAUGGGCGGAUAAUGCAUGGAAAUUGUUGCAUAAUAUAUUUCGGGGGCGCUAAAAUUUGUGACGUAACAGAUAUUGGGGGCGCAAUUGCCCUACUCUGCAGUCUGGCAUGUUGCCACAAAUAACGUUGAAUCGACAUUAUGAUUGAGUGGGUCUGUGGGUGGGUUUUUAUGUGAACUUGUUGACGUUAUCUCAUGGCAAUUUGACAAUUAAUUUCCAAAGUAAUCAUCCCAGUAUCCGAAUACCGUAUAUUGUUUAAAUAUUGUAUCAAAAUACAAUCCCAGCUAAUGACGGUAGUAAAGUGCAAUAAUUGUGACUUUAGCAGUCAAAAUACGACUGAAAAUUGAUCAACGUUAUCUGGGGUGGGUGUGUGGAUGAAAUAAUAAUGUCGAUUCGACAUUAUUUGUGGUAACAAUACAUGAAUAAUUGAAUAUGGACGAUUUUGCUUGUCAAGGGGAGAGUGCUAACGCUUAAUGUAUGGGUCUAUAUUCUUUGUCAAAACUAGAUAAGAGUACAUCUAUUUCUUUGAGUUAAAUUAACAAACAUAAUAACAUUAAUUUGCUCCAUAAAUGUUCAUAAUUAUAAACCUCCAUGAAUGAUGGAGAAGCCCAGCGAUGUACUUUAUGUUAUUUCAAUGAAGUGUCUCCUAAUUAACCAUAAUAAUAAUAAACUAUUCUCUACCUCCCCCCCCCCCAAGUAUUUAUUGAUUGAGAGGGAGCAAUGCAUUAAAUACUUUAACUAAUUCAACAUGAACUGCACAUUUAUAUGAUAACAGGUUUAGUUCACUAUUCCUGGAGUCCAUUUUUGUUGUAACCCCCCUACCCCCUUUGGAUGUCCUAAUACAUUUACUAUUAUCAGAAACAAUUUUUUCUCCCCUCCCCCUCCGGACGGCAGAAAUUUCCUCUGUGGGGGGAAUAUGGAUCUUUUCUGGAACGACCCAAUCCUGUAAAUGUUGUGCAUGGGCGUACCGGAAGGAAAAAAUUAGGGGGGCGGAAAGAAAAGAGCAAUUUUUUUCGUAAAAUUGCCCGACUUUUCGUGAUUGUGUCCGACUAGUACCAAAAAAUUUUAAAUUUUUCCCGAAAAAUUUAUUUUGGCGACCUUCCCAUCCCCCCCCCCGUCGCCCAAAAAAUUUCGGUCAGUGUACCAUUUAAGGGGUUAAAAAAAUUUUCCGGACAUACCAAAAUUUUUCGGAGCAUCACAUAAAUUUUCCAAAAAAACACUAAAUUUGCCACAAAAUUGACUAAAUUUUCGAAACAAUUGACAGAAUUUGUCCGAUUUAUUUUUAUAACAAACCAAAAUUGCCCGACUGUUAAUCGAAUAUUGCCCGACUGCCCAAAAAACUGGGGGGCUACCACCCCCACCCCCCCCCGCCCGGUACGCCUAUGAUGUUGUGGAGCUAGGGGUAGCUUCUUGGGUUUGCUAGGCUUUUCAGAUGCUUGACUAGUGGGGGUAGAGGUUUGCUCCAGCGUGAUGUGGUUUGAUGUAGAUGGUAUUGAUAGGGACUGGGGUGUAUGAGGGACCAGGGAUGUGGUGGGAUAUUUGGCGGCUCUGCUGGUGGAGUGUGCACUAUUGGUUCAGGAGCUUUGGUCUGUGGGGUUGGCAGAUACCGUAAAUCCUUAGCGAUAGUAUGUUGGGGUUGCCGCCAUAGACGGAUUUUCAUAUUUUUUACUGGGGUGGUGCCAGAAAUUUUAGGGGGGUGAGCCGUGAGCAGGUGACUGAAGCAACACAAAGUAUCACCAAACCCCAGUAAGGUCUAUAAUCUAGGGGCGGAGCACUAGAGCCGCGAGGGGGGAGUCUAGAGAGCAGAAAACAAAGUAUCCCAGGACAAAUUUGAAAAAAUCAUGAUUUGUAGCUUUGAAAAAAAGUUUUUUGAAGUUGUCAUAUCAAUGGAUUUGGCAUGUCCGAUUGUCUGUUGAGACUUGAGAGAGUUAAAGACUUAAAGUUAAAUGAACCUGUAAAAGUGUAAAGUGUAUACCCAAUACACAAUAUGCUUUUACUUUUAUAAAGUCAUUGACAUUGUGUUGUUUGAAUCCGAGUACAAUUUAUGAUGCAACUUGAACUACCAUACUGUACUGUACAUAAUUGAUAUUUCAAAACUGUUACUUAAAUUGAAAAAAACACUAAACUUUUACUUAAAAGCUUUUACUUAAAAACUUGUACUUAAUUUUACUUAAAAACUUUUACAAGCACAAUUGCACUGAUGAUUGUCUGAUUAGACUCAUUACGAGUCAUUCAUUGGUAUAAAUAAGUAAUUGGACAAGUACUGGUGUAAGACAUUGUGUAACCUAAAUAAUGAGGACCAGUAGUCCAAAUUUGGUUAACCUUUUAUAUUUAUUUACUCGGACUCCUAUGAUGAACAUGUACGCAAAAAAACAAGGGAAACUACGAUUAAUUAGAUAGAAACUAAAAUACGUGGGAAUUUUUAUGGGACACGAUAAAAGGCUAGGAUAUAAGAGCGAGAGAUUGAAUUUGAACAGGGUUGCCUUUCCUACUCAAAUUUUUCCUACUCAAAUUCAAUCUCUCGCUGUUAUAUCCUCGCCUUUUCUCGUUUUUUUAGUUUCUAUCUAAUCAUAGUUUCCCUAGACAUGUUCACCAUAGGAGUUGGAGUAAAGAAAUAAAGGAUAAGCAUUUUUGGACUACUCGUCCUCUCAUUAUUUAGGCCACACAAUGUCUUACACCAGUACUUGUCCAAUUACCUAUUUUAUACUAAAUAAAAGUGGACUAUUUAAGUAUUUAUUUAUUAUGCCGAAUAUUGGGGGGGGGGGAGGGUUGAAACUUUUUUUGGAGGGGUGGACUUUUUGUUUGGGGGGGAUUAUAGCUAAUAUUGGGGGGGGGAGGUAGCACCCCCCAGAAAAUCGGUCCGUCUAUGCCACCCCUCCAAAAAAAGUUUUAUUUAGUAUAAAAUAGGUAAUUGGACAAGUACUGGUGUAAGACAUUGUGUGGCCUAAAUAACGAGAGGACCAGUAGUCCAAAAAUGCUUAUCCUUUAUUUCUUUACUCCAACUCCUAUGGUGAACAUGUCUAGGGAAACUACGAUUAGACAGAAACUAAAAAAAAGCGAGAAAAGGCAAGGAUAUAACAGCGAGAGAUUGAAUUUGAGUAGGAAAGAUUUGAGUAGGAAAGGCAACCCUGUUCAAUCUCUCGCUCUUAUAUCCUAGCCUUUUAUUGUGUCCCAUAAAAAUUCCCACGUAUUUUAGUUUCUAUCUAAUUAAUCGUAGUUUCCCUUGUUUUUUUUGCGUACAUUUUCAUCAUAGGAGUCCGAGUAAAUAAAUAUAAAAGGUUUACCAAAUUUGGACUACUGGUCCUCAUUAUUUAGGUUACACAAUGUCUUACACCAGUACUUGUCCAAUUACUUAUUUUAUACCAAUGAAUGACUCGUAAUGAGUCUAAUCAGACAAUCAUCAGUGCAAUUGUGCUUGUAAAAGUUUUUAAGUAAAAUUAAGUAAAAGUUUUUAAGUAAAAGCUUUUAAGUAAAAGUUUAGUGUUUUUUUAAAUUUAAGUAAAAGUUUUGAAAUAUCAAUUAUGUACAGUACAGUAUGGUAGUUCAAGUUGCAUCAUAAAUUGUACUCGGAUUCAAACAACACAAUGUCAAUGACUUUAUAAAAGUAAAAGCAUAUUGUGUAUUGGGUAUACACUUUACACUUUUACAGGUUCAUUUAACUUUAAGUCUUUAACUCUCUCAAGUCUCAACAGACAAUCGGACAUGCCAAAUCCAUUGAUAUGACAACUUCAAAAAACUUUUUUUCGAAGCUACAAAUCAUGAUUUUUUCAAAUUUGUCCUGGGAUACUUUGUUUUCUGCUCUCUAGACUCCCCCCUCGCGGCUCUAGUGCUCCGUCCCUAGAAUAUAGACCUUACUGGGGUUUGGUGACACUUUGUGUUGCUUCAGUCACCUGCUCACGGCUCACCCCCCCCUAAAAUUUCUGGCACCACCCCAGUAAAAAUAUGAAAAUCCGUCUAUGAGGGGUGGACUUUUUGUUUGGGGAGUAUAGCUAAUAUUGGGGGGGGGGUAGCACCCCCCCCUGCACCCCCCCCUGCACCCCCCCAGAAAAUCCGUCUAUGGUUGCCGCUGUUGAACUGGAGUGAAUUUGCAUAGGAAUUUCCAAUUGUGGAGUGUUAUGUGGCCUGAUCCGUCCAAACGUAUUACGUACUGGUCAAAUUGGCGGACUUCUAUUACUAAACCUGUUUUAUUCCAUUUUUUUGGGUGGGGGCCAAUUUGGUUCUGUAUUUGGACUUGAUCCCCAACUUUCAGUGAUGGGAGUUGACGUGUGUGCUCGGACAACCAUUUGCAUAUGACGGUUGCAGAGUGCCUGUUCGUGGGUCACAAGGGUAUCUUCCCAGGUAGGGUGGGAUUGGUAAUGCCUGGGGGCAAUAGGGAUGAAAUCUUUGAUCAGUCGUCCAAAGAUGCAUUCUGCUGGUGAGAGUUUUGUGGUGGGAUCGGGUGUAUUUCGGUACUGGAGGAUAGCAAUUCGCAAGGGUACCGUUUGGGCCAGGGGUUUUGGUUAUUAGGUGCUUAACUGUUUUGACACCAACCUGGCAGUUUGAGUGAGGGUAUGCGACGGACGGUUUGACAGUUUUGAGAAAAUCUUGUGUUGAUGUGGCAGUAAAUUCAGGUCCACCGUCGGUUGCUAGCUCAUAUGGGAUUCCAAAUGUGACGAAGAUACGUCGUAAGCAGUGGAUUAAUCCGGUUACCCCGUCUUUGCAACGCUCUAUUAUAGGCCAAUUGGAGUGCUGAUCUAUGAGCACGAGGUAAUUGACACCUUGGUAAUGGGAGUAAUCAGUGCAUAAGAGUUGAAAUGGGUAGCUUGGUGGAGUAUGGGUGUGGGAGGGGGGUUUUGUUGAGAUGGGGCCAUUCGGUUGCAGUGUUGACAGGGUUCUCUUAUGGCUCGAAUUGCUAGUGGUAUGCCAGGCCAGAAUACGGUUGCCUUGACACGAGAGGUCAUUGAGGUGAUGCCUUGGUGUGCCGAAUGGAGGAUGGAUAAGAUGUGACUUCUUAGGGAUGAGGGUAUAACAAUGCGAGCUUUGCAUAGGAUAACCCCAUCGAUGGCAUAGAGGUGUUCACGAAAUUGGAAAAAUUCCUGUAAAUCAGGGGGGAGUUCAUGGCGAAACUCGGGGAAAGCCUACUGUAAUGGUAGAAAGGAGCUUCUCCAUUGUUGUGUCGCUCGCUGUUGCUGUUUUGACGCGGUCCCAUGUUACGGCUAUUGAGUGAGUUGAUUUGAUGGCAGAUGAUAGCAGUUGCUUCUCGAUGGUGGCAGUGAUUGAGCGGUGUGUCGGGUUCAAGGGUACGGCGGCUACGUCAUCGGGGAUGGGCAUGGCUUCAGGAUUGCGGUUUGUGCCAGAUGAAUGAUGUGAGAGCGCGUCGGCGGUUUUGUGUUUGAUGCCUGGGACAUGGACCAUGAGGAAGCGGUAUUGGAGCGUCUUUGAGAUUGCGAAGACGGAUGUUGGAAAUGUCUCGAUACCUUAAACUUUAGAGGGGUUUGUGAUCCCCAGCUAUGAUAAGGUUGACACAGCCCAGUACAAAGAAGGGAGCUUUGCCGAGUGCGUCGACCACUGGAAAGGGCUCGCCUUCGAUGGGCGCAUAGCGGGAUUUCGCGGUGUGGGUUAAACGACUUCCAACCAGGUAAUUUUCCAGCUAGCUUUUUUUCCAGGAUUUUCUCUUGGGUCCGUUUUUGCAGAGAAGAUUGAGUUUAGCUGAACAGCUGGGGUGUGCGGCAGCUGCGGGAAGCUGACACCUGUACCCAAUAAGUGUAGUUGAGACACAAUGUGUUAAAGCAGACACUAUAAACUGGGUAAAGAUGGCGAAUGCGUUGUUUUUUCUUGUGUUGUGAAAUGAAUUCCAGCCAUUUUUUCUUGAUUGUCUGGUUUCCAACUGAAAUCUCAUUUCCACACGUCACGAAUUUAACUCAAACAAUUUCAUUUUUACUGCACUAAAUCUUUUGGUGAGAAGAUUGAGUUUACUCAAUUCAAGAUUGAGUUUUUGGGGCCGUUUUACGAUCCUAAAAAGUCCCUGAAAAAACCCUGCCAGCCAGUUUUGCAGCCAAAAGGCCUCUCAUCAGGUAAUCACAGUGUUUCUGAAAUAGCCAAAAGCCUAUCCGAUCUUUCGACCAGUCAGUAGCGAGCAAGUGGGCUUUGAUUUAUCGAAGAUCUGCACGCCGUGUUCAAUUUCGUUAACAAUCACCUUCUUGGAUUCUUCGAAGAGUUGAUUUAGCUCUUCCGUCCAUGUGAAUUGUGAGCCAGGUUUGGAUGAUUUGUGCAAGGAUAGCAUUCGGUCUGCGGCAGCAAAUGCAUAAGAGACCUUAUUUAUUAGGCCAAACCAAGAGCGCAUGUCAGUGACGUUGGUCGGUCGUGGGAGGUUGAGAAUGGCAGCAAGGUAUUUCUGGCAUGGGCGGACGUGUUUGGGGGUGAUUGCAAAGCCAGCAAACUCGACUGUGUCCUGUCCAAAUACGAAUUUUUCGGGGUUCAGGAUUAUGCCAUUGUGUCCGCAAGUGUCAAGUCAGUCUACUGCUUGAAAAAACUGCCUUCGAUGUUUUCAGCCCAGAGAAGUGCAUCAUCAAUACAUUUCGUUUUGUCUGGGAUGUCCGAGACAAUCGAUGCAAUGAUAAAAUGUACCCUUGGGUGCAAUCUCGUAGCGAAAUCGGUCCCAUGAGGUUAUAAAAGUGGUAAGAUGGCGGUUGUCAAGGUGUAUGGCAACACUAUGGUAGCCAUUCCAACAGUCGAAGAUGGUUUUUUUCUUGUUGGUUGGCACGGAUCUAGCCUGGUGGAACGGGCUUUGCGUGUGAUGGGUUUCGCUGGCAGCAUGUAGGUUUAAGGCGGCUUGGAGGUCAACUGUCCUGCGAGGCUGGCCAUUCGUUUUAGUGCAGACAACCAUUCGAUGACACCAGGUGAUGGGUUCGCCAAUUGGUACUGUCUCAAGGACUGGGUAUGGUGUGCUACUGGGUGGCAUCUGGGUUGACCAUAAGCCGCAUUGGUGGGCCGUGUAUAAGUGGGAGGAGCUGAUGUUCACAUGUAUUGAAGGUACUGGUGGCGUAGUAGUCGAGGAGCCACUUUUGGAGGUGUGCUCGAUUAGCAAUGUUGGCAGGGAAGGGUGGUUGUGUAGGUCGAGGCGGUGGUUUCUGGCGCAGUGGGCUGUUGCAUGGUGAUGUGAGUACACUUUGGAUGGUUGUGUGAGUACACUUUGGAUGGUUGUGGUUUUGAUGAUUGGCGGACCCAGCAGUCAUUCAAUUGGUUGUAAAGGUGGUGGUCUAUCGAUAUGCCAUCGAAGAUGGCGCCUUCCUGAUCAUUAUUUGCUUGCUUUCUGAGGCAAUGGUGGUUUGGGUUUGGUUUUCUGCAUACAAACAGUUUCUAUAUGGUUUGGUCGACCACAAUGCCCAUAUGUUUUGCCGUAAGCAGGGCAGGCAUUCUUUCGGAUGAAUUUUGAAGCACGUUUGCCAUGACCAUUUUGUCCACAAUAGUAGCAUGUCUCUUUGGUGGUGAGAUGUUGGGACUUAAGUCCAUCUCAUUUGGCUUGAUAAUACUGACUGCGGGUGGCAUUCAUUGAUUGUGCUUCCUGUAGACGACCGGCUGACCGUUUUCUGGCUUCUUUUGCCUCAAUGAAUUGGAUGACUUCUUCUAGAGACAUGUCUUGGUUUUUGUCGCCUAGGAGAUCCAGCUGGAUUUCAUGGUCUGCAUGCAAGGUCGCGGGUCGCAAUGUCGCGUAGGAUCUGCUCGGUGCAGUUGAGAUCAACGGUACAAGUAGGGCAAGUAAUAGCAAACUUGUAAAUGUUGGCUUGGCCACACAACCUUGCCUCAAAAUGUCGAACUGGCUCAUCCCGGUCUUGUUGCAUGUUAUGCAGUUCUACUCGUGCAACCAUUGUUUUCAGCACGUACUGCAAGCUUCUUGAUAGCGGCCAUUACUUCAUCAGCUGCUGUACAAUGCUAUAGGAGUUACUGGUUACCACAUCAGUGGUUACUUUGACAAAUAUAGAUCAGGAAAAGAUUGGUGCACAUAAUAUCCCAAUUUGGGAUAUUUCUAUUGUUUUAAAUACCAAUAACACCAUGAAGGCAGGGGGUGUAUUACUCUAAUUUCCCAUAACUAAAAAAAUCUUUUGAAAAAUCUCCAAAUUCUGCCAAAUUAGAAAUUCCCAAAAUCUAAAAUCCUAACAUUUCCAAUAAAGUCACUAAAAAUCCCACAGAUUAAAACCCUGGUCAAGCAAUAAUGAGGGUUAAUGAGAGAUGAGAAGCGAGAGUUUACAUGAGAGUUGACUGGAUACUCAACUCUGAUGCCCGGUCAAAUGAGAACAAGAUUUGUAUGAGAGUUGACUGGAUUUGAACCAGUUCAAAGUUGAUGAGAGUCGAUGAUUAUGAGAAUUGCUGGUCAAACGCGAGCCAGAGUUGCAACUCUCAUCAACUAUUGUUAUUAAACUCUCAUCCUCGUUUGACCGAGGUUUAAGGCCACAUAAAAUAGUUGGGGAUCGUCCUUGCAGGUGGGGUUUUUAUUUUUAAAGUGUUGUUUAUAUUCAGCUUUGGUUUCGUGAAUAAGAAUAUGUUGAUUGUUAAACAUCAACUUUUUGGGAUUGGACAUGUCCAGUCAUACGAAAAGGGUUGGUUGGACAAAAGGUAGAGCUAGACUUUAAAACUGCGGAUAGACAAACAAACUUGCACAAGCUGAGAUUCACAAGAAUAUAUAUAGAUUGCACAAGAGACUGCUGGAGCAUAUGAGUGGGCUUUGGAGAAGUGCGGGCAGUAUUGUGUCAUAUGGAGUGUGUACUACCUCGCUGUACUCAUGAUCAAUACUUCAAUUUAAUAUUAUAAAACGUGCCAAUUACAGUUAUAAGAAGGUUGCAUUAUGUGAACUGUUUUUAUAAAAGACCUUCAAGACAUCAGAUUUCAAACAACAUCCUUUCAAUGCAAACGCUUGAUUUUCUGCAACAAUUCGAUGCAAACGUGUUGUUCUAUAUUUGCCAUUUGGUUAAAUAUUGGUUCAUUAGAAAAUCAGUUUUUCUAGAAAAGCAGCAUUAUUUUGAAAACUAAAAGAGCUCCGCAUCAAAAUUAAUUUCUCUAGUACUUAAUAUCUAUAUGUAUUCUAGGAUAGAAACAGAUUACAUAAUAUGGACACCUCUCUAUUGUACUCAUUGACAAACAGUUUCCAUAUAUAUACAUAGAAAUUGUAUAAACCAUAUCUAUAUAAGAUAUGGUUUAUAUAUCUAUAUAAGAUAUAUAUAUAUAUAUAUAUAUAUAUAUAUAUAUAUAUAUAUAUAUAUAUAUAUAUAUAUAUAUAUAUAUAUAUAUAUAUAUAUAUAUAUAUAUAUAUGUAGCGGUUUUUGAGUUGUUUUCAGACGAGUGUAUAUACCAAACCGGGCAAGCAGAAAAUUCUACUUGACCGCGGCUGGGAUUCGAACCCGUUAACGUUACACGAGUGGAAUCGUAAACGUGGGAAACCACAACAUUCAUUAUAUUCUCAGAUAAGCAAUCUUGUAUCAACUAAGAAAUUUUAAGGGCAUUUGUUGCUUUGGGGGCCACUGUACAUAUUGGAAAUGAUAGAUAUAAUUGUUAAUUGUUUAGAUUUUGAAGCAAUCCAGAGCUGUUGGCUAUUUUCCAACCAUGAGAGCAGUUGUAAAUCAUUUGAGGCGUCCCUUGAUGUCUAGUAUUGCAACAGCAAGUAAUUUGAACCAGUCACCACACUAUAUGACCAACGAAGGUAAAGAGCACGUUAGUUUAGCUUUAGUUGUCUGCUUGUACUCUAAUGCCCCAGACAAACGAGAACAAGAGUUGCAUGAGAGUUGAUGAAGAGUUGCCUACUCAGUAGAUAUUACCACCCGCGUAGCGCAAAUUCUCAUCAACAGGAUCAACUCAUAUCAGAAUUUGAACCAGCCCAGAGUUUAUGAGUUAGAGUGCAUGGGAGUCAUGGGAGUUGGCAGUCAAACGCGAGCAAGAGUUGCAACACUCGUCAACUCUCAUCCACGUUUGACUGGGGGGGGGGGGUUAAUAGAUAGCAAUUUGUCUUGUGUUUUGUUGUUUCGACAUUAUUUUGACAGUUCUAUAAUUGAAAAUAGCUCGUGGCGGCAGCUCUUUCAACUGAUGAUAGUGUUGGGAAAUCGUAGUAAUCGUAAUCGUAGUAUGCCAUAGAAAUGCUAAUCAUAAUCGUAGUAUGGACGAUAGUGUUGGGAAAUCGUAGUAAUCGUAGUAUGCUAUAGAAAUGCUAAUCGCAAUCGUAGUAUGCUAUAGAAAUGCUAAUCAUAAUCGUAGUAUGGAUGAUAGUGUUGGGAAAUCGUAGUAAUCGCAAUCGUAGAAUGCUAUAGAAAUGCUAAUCGUAAUCGUAGUAUGCUAUAGAAAUGCUAAUCAUAAUCGUAGUAUGGAUGAUAGUGUUGGGAAAUCGUAGUAAUCGCAAUCGUAGUAUGCUAUAGAAAUGCUAAUCGUAAUCGUAGUAUGCUAUAGAAAUGCUAAUCAAUGGUCAAAGUUACUCAACCAACACAAACGACGCAAACUACAAUAAAUCCCCAGAAUUUUAUGAAAUAAACUGGAAAGCUAGAUGCUCUAGCGGAAGAAAUUUCAACGAUAAAGGAGAAUAAAGAAAAUGCUGCUUACGGUAUACUGAUACUUGAAGAAACUGUUAAUGACCUUAAGAAGGAAAAGUAUGAACUUAACAGAGAGAGAAUGAGGACUUAAAGGAGAAAAACAAGAACUUAUUUCAAUCUCUGUCUGAAGUACGAGCUAAGGUUAUAGAACUUCAGGACGAAAAAUCGAGUCUCAUAACUGCCCUGAAGCUAAUGCAGCGAGAAUCAGUAUCACUAGCAGAAAAAAACAAAAUUGAAGACCUGGAAUCUGAGAACAAGAAUCUAAGAGCUGCCGCAAGAACGCUACAAGAAGACCUUGAUAAGAGCAACAGAGAAAAGCGAGAAUUCGCAAAAGUUAAAAAACGUAGCGAAAAUGUAUCCAUAACACCAAAUACAACUAUAUCAUAUGAGUCAAAGAACCAGUUCGAAGUUCUCAGCGUUAGUGACCACGAAGAAGAAGUAAACAAAUCUGCAUCAGAUCUGGAUCAAUCAGAGGCUAGACAACAUAAAGACCCGGUACGAAACACAACUACAAUAUCUAAGGAUGAAAAAAACCCUAUUGAUGUAGGUGGAAAAUUUAAAGAUGGCAAAUUUAAACCUAACAUCUUGCUAAUUGGUGAUUCAAUGAUUAAAGAUAUAAAUCCACACAAACUUUCAAAAAGCUCAGUUCGUAAGUUAACAUAUCCAGGUAAGAGAGCAGAGGAAACUGCAAACGAGUUUCAAUCGGCCCAUGUCCACUCUCCUCCCACAGAAGUAAUUAUACACGCUGGUACUAACAACAUAAUCACCGACUCUAGCAAAGAAUGCUUCGAUAAUAUUCAGCUUCUAAGUUCCAGAAUAAAGAGCACGUUUAAGGAAGCUAGAAUCGCGAUAUCCAGCCUUAUAACGAGAGAGGAUAUUGAUGUAACAUUAAAGACACAAAAAACGAAUGAGUUAUUAAAGGAUCUAUGCUCAAAAGAGGGCUAUACCUAUAUUGAAAAUGGGAACAUAGAUGCGACUUGCCUGAAUGGGUCCAAGCUACAUCUUAAUGCGAAAGGUUCGGCGCUACUGGCUGUUCACUUCAUUAAAUUUAUUAGAGGAACUAGCUCACGAUCAAGUGAUGGGGGUUUUCCGAAGGAACUUCGACAACUGGGAGAGCUGUUAAGGUUGAUCAUGCCCCAGACGUCAAAGAAGCGAACUCAUCGAUAAACAAUACGAUGCCUGACUCUGAAG